AUGCUGCGGCGCACGGCCAAGCCCCUGGCGGGCUCGCACCUGGUGCGCUCGCUGUCCCUAAGCGCCCUGUCAAUUGGCGCCGUGUCCGUGGGCGUGGGGGCCGUGGCGCUGUACGUGGACGCGCCCAUGGCGGACCUGGGCGACGGUCGCUACGACGGCGGACGUCGGCCCGAGGUCUUCCCCGAGUGGCUGCACGACGUGGCGCGCGUGCCCAUCUUCGGCGCCGCGACGCUGACCGCCAAAAUCUACCUGCAGCUGCUGAACCGCACGAAGGUCGAGGGCGCGGAACACUUGAUCCAGCAGCUGGAGCAGCGGCCCAAGGGCACGGCCGUCAUUACGGUGUCCAACCACUCGGCCACGGUGGACGACCCGGCGGUGUUCGCCAACAUGAUGCCGUGGAGGUACGCGUGGCCGUGGAACGGGCGCUGGAGUCUGGCGAGCCAGGAGUACUGCUACACGAAGGGAAAACUGCUGUCGACGGUGUUCUUCGGCGCCAAGACGCUACCUGUGAAGCGAGGAGCUGGCGUCGACCACCAGAUGAUUCAAGCUAUCUUUGACAAGGUGCAGGAGGGCGCCUGGGUGCACAUUUUUCCCGAGGGCAAGAUCGUUCAGCACGAAGCGCUCGGUGGCCGACCGAGUCCUCGUCGAGAGGAGAUCGGACGUUUGAAGUGGGGCGUGGGCAAGCUCAUCGCUCGUGCCACAACCCGGCCGAUUGUCGUGCCCAUCUACCACUACAACAUGGAGCAGCUCAUGCCGCAGGACGAGAAGAACCGCCUCAUCAGCGUCUUCCCCAUGACGAACCUCGACUUGGGCGUGAUCGUCGGCGAGCCGCUGUCCUUCGACGACCUCUUCGAGCGGUACACGGACGGACGCGUGGUCGGGGACUCGCCCUGGGAGACGCAGGAGCGCGAGAAGGCGCUGUACUCGGCCAUCACGCGGAGAAUAGAGGACGCGCUGCUGGCCCUCGAGAAGAAGACGCACCACAAAAAGCAGCAACAAUAGACCAGCCAGUCAGUCCGCCAGCAGUGCUGUAGCAACGACGAGGGUUUCAACCGAAAACUUCAGGAAGGGACCGAGUCCAGCAACGCCGCGCAACUCAAGAGCCGCCCGCCUUGCCAAUCACAGAUCAAGGCACUAGAGGAGCUCUUCAACUUGC